GGCAGUUACCGGCUCAGGCCGCGCGCGCCUCCGCGUAUCGCCCAAAGAGCCUUCAGCCUGGCUGGAGCACCGCGCUGCCGCCCGCGCCCGCUGAGGGCUCGCGGCUCGGGCGCGCCCGGCGCGUGUGGCGAGCUCCGGCCGUGCGCUGCGACGAGGCCGGGCGGCGGGCGGUUAGCGCUCCGCUCGGCGGGCGGGGAGGAGCGGCACGCCGAGCGCUGCACGCCUCGGCGGGCGGGUUCCGCGUCCCAGGACCGAAGCGGGUCGGUGCCCCCGUGUAGAGAGAGGGGCGGCCGGGCUCCCUGGACCCGGACGGCCCCCGGCUGGGCAGGAGGCUGGGGCCAGGGGCCGGCCAUGUCCGCUCGCGCCCCGGUGCCCGCCGCUGCCCCCCGGGAGGACCCGCCCGCCGUGGCCGGCGACCGGGACGCUCUGUUGGCAGCGGCGAGCCGGCGGGCGGAGCAGCCGGCGCCCGGCGAGCGGGAGGGCAAGGAGGCGAGGGAGGAGCGGGCCGCGGCCGCCACCAGCGCGGGGGCGCGGGGAGAGCCGUCGCCGGCGCUCGUGCUGGGACACAGCGUGCCGCAAGCGGCCGUGCCCGUGAGGCCGCUGGCGCUGCACCUGGCACACAAGGCGCGCGCGCCCGGGGGUCCCUUCGGCGGGGAGGCCCCACCGCUGCCACCGCCGCCGCCGCCGCCAGCACCGCGGGACCCUCCCGAGGACGCCCAAGAGGACCCUGCGGCGGCCGGCCCCGAGGACAAGCCGCCGCCGCCGCCGCCAAAGGGGAACCCGUGGACCAAGAAGCUGCCGCAGCACCUGUCCCCCGUGGGCACCGGCGCGCCGCCGCCCGCUCAGGACGCCCCGGAGGCCGAGCUCAGUUCCCCCAAAAUUAUAAAAGCGGGAAAACUCAAGACAAAGAAAUCCAACAAGGCUAGUGACUUCAGUGAUAUGGCAAACUGGCCAACACCAGGUGAAUUAGUGAACACGGGGUCUCAGAAUGUUAUCAGCCAAGGAAAUAAGAAGCCACAAUUUAGAAAAGAAAAAGAAGAGAAGAUUGAAAAAAGAAGCAACAGUGAGAGCAAAGAGAACCGGGAAGCAAAACUAGAUGGUCCUGUGGAGAAUGUCAGCGAGGAUGAGGCUCAGUCAAGCAGCCAGCGGAAGAGAGCUAAUAAGCACAAAUGGGUACCACUCCACUUAGAAGAUGUGAGACCAGACAGCCAGGAAAGACCUGGGUCCCGGAACAGCUCUAGAUGUCAACCUGAAGUGAAUAAACCAGCUCACAGUAAUAGGAAAAGUGAUACACGAAGUUGGAGACGGGAUAGAGAAAAGAGAGAUGAUCAAGAUGAAGUAUCCAGUGUGAGAAGUGAGGGUGGUACCAUCCGAGGUUCCGCAAGAGGCCGAGGAAGAGGCCGGGGCCGGGGAAGAGGCCGAGGUCGAGGAAACCCUAGAUUGAACUUUGAUUAUUCCUAUGGUUAUCGAGAGCCAGGGGAAAGAACUGAUCAGCCAUUUCCCACAGAGCUUACCACCAGCAUGAUGUAUUACUACGAUGACGGCACAGGGGUGCAGGUCUAUCCUGUGGAUGAAACACUGCUGAAAGAGUACAUUAAGCGCCAGAUUGAGUAUUACUUCAGCACAGAGAACUUGGAGCGGGACUUCUUUCUUCGCAGAAAGAUGGAUGAGCAGGGAUUCCUGCCCAUUUCCCUGAUUGCUGGCUUUCACCGUGUGCAAGCUCUCACCACAAACCUUAAUCUCAUCUUGGAGGCACUGAAGGAUAGCACAGAAGUAGAAAUUGUGGAUGAGAAAAUGAGGAAAAAGAUUGAACCAGAAAAAUGGCCAAUCCCAGGCCCUCCUCCUCGAAAUGUGCCACAAACAGACUUCUCUCAGUUGAUUGAUUGUCCGGAGUUCAUACCAGGCCAGGCCUUUGGCUCCCAUACAGAGUCUGCCCCAAAUUCUCCAAGAACUGGAAGUCCACUGAGCCCAAAGAAAAAUACUGAAACAAAUACUGUCCGAGUGAUGUCCAGAGGUUUGUCUACCAGCUUACCUGACCUGGACUCAGAACCAUGGGUAGAUGUGAAAGAGAGGCAUUGUCCAUCCCAAGUGACGUUAAAGGAAUCAAUGUCUGUACCUGAAGAGACAUCAAAUCAACUAACCUUUCCAGAAGAACCAGUACAAGAAGAAUGUGACUUUUUGUUUGAUGAAGAGAUGGAACAGACAGAAAGAAGGAAAAAGACAUUUAAUGAUUGGUCUGAUAAUGAUUCAGAUUAUGAAAUUGAUGACCAAGAUUUAAACAAGAUUUUGAUCAUAACUCAGACCCCACCUUACAUGAGAAAGCACCCUGGAGGAGAUCGAACAGGCACCCAUGCAUCACAAGCAAGCAUUAUGUCAGAACUUGCUGAAGUGAUUAGUGAUGGCUUGCAUAAUUACUCUGAACAGGACCUGUGGACAGAAGGUGAAAAUACACACACAGCCAUAAAGAGUCCACGAAAGAGGAAGACGAGUCACAGCACAAACCCCCCUCUAGAGUAUCACGUUGGGUGGGUGAUGGAUUCCAGGGACCAUGGGCCAAGACCACCCUCUGUCAGCAGCUCAAAUGCUUCACCUUCGGAAGGUGCACCACUUGCAGGAAGCUGCAGCUGCACUCCUCACUCAUUCCCAAAGUUCCAGCAUCCAUCUCAUGAACUGCUGAAGGAGAAUGGCUUUACCCAACAAGUGUACCACAAGUAUCGUCGAAGGUGUUUAAGUGAGAGAAAACGCUUGGGAAUUGGACAGUCACAGGAAAUGAACACCCUCUUUCGUUUCUGGUCCUUCUUCCUCAGAGACCACUUCAAUAGGAAAAUGUAUGAGGAAUUUAGACAACUUGCUUGGGAAGAUGCAAAAGAGAAUUACAGGUAUGGGUUAGAAUGUCUUUUCAGGUUUUAUAGUUAUGGACUGGAAAAAAAAUUCAGACAAGAAAUUUUUAAGGAUUUUCAAGAAGAAACAAAAAAAGACUACGAAUCUGGCCAUCUAUAUGGACUGGAAAAAUUUUGGGCCUAUUUGAAAUAUUCUCAAUCUAAAACACAGUCUGUCGACCCAAAACUUCAGGAAUACCUCUGUAGUUUUAAGAAGUUAGAAGACUUCCGUGUUGAUCCCUCCAUUAGUGAGGAAUUUGGAAGAAAAGGACAUUCAUCUACUAAUGGGGAGAAGAGUAAUCAUCAUAGACUUCCAUCUCACUCCUCCACACCACCAAGUGCUGCUCAGCCUGCAUCUACCAGUGAACUGCAGGAGAAAGCCACAGGCGCCCAGUGACAACUCACACCAGGACUAUACUGCCUUGGCCCCUGUGGGUGAAGGACCAGGGAAGUAGAUGACCACAGGAAAGUGUGUCCUUGAAAUCAGCAUUAGCAUCUUCUCAUGUUUAAUUGUGAUAAUCAGAAAACAAAAAGGAAGAAAAAUGGUUGUCUAUUUUUCUAGCAAGAUAAAUUCCACACGUUUACCCUGAUUCCACAAUCAAGGUCUGGUUGACCUUAGGAGAUCCUGUAGUAAUGCUCUUUGGCCUCAGGUUUUCUUGAAGGCCAUUGUUUACAAGAACAAAAUUCCUUUAAUACAUUUAAACACACCCACACAAGGAAUACCUGACAUUUCUGCUCAUCCUUCUUACAGAAGAUACAGUAUGUUGUAUUCAUCUCUUCUAUAGAACUCUUAAAGAGUCAAAUGGUCCCAUUGUCUGUCCAUAUCUGAACAUGUCAAAAGCAAUGAAGGAUUAUGUAUAUAGGUUUUAAGUUCAGAAAUGGAUAUGAAAGAUACAUUUUUUCUUGUAUAUACAUAGUUUGAAGGAAUUUUUUUCUUUGUUUUUAUUUUUAUUUUUUUCCAAAACAAUACACAACAGACUAUAGUUGUUGUGAAGCCUGUGGGCUUCAAAUGUUGCUGAUUUCACAGUGCUAUGUUGAUAUGGAGCUUUCUGAAUUGGCACAAGUUGGGUAUAUAGAUUCAGACAGAUUAACUUUUGUGAUUCUACAAAAACUUGCACAUGUGAUGGAAAACAGUUGGGUUCUGCUGGAAUAUUUAUGUAAAUAAAUUAAUUAAUGUGUCUGUUGUU